AUGAUUUACACAAGAAGAGGGCAAUAUAAGAUACAAAAUCAGGAUUUAUUUAUGUUAUUGAUCACGUUGUUCUGCUCUAUCUUCUAUAUGUAUUCAAAUUUCAUGGGUUUUGAUUACUGGAUAGCUGCUUCGCUACAAGAUAUAUUUACCAUCAAAGGGAUUUUGUGGAAGGUUUUAUCUCAGAUUACUUUUCGUAAUCCGUCAUCGCUUAUUAGUGGAAUGAUUUUGAUGUAUUAUGGUCGACUAAUAGAGCGUCGUUUUGGUUCUUGUAAAUUCAUGAACUUCAUUCUGUACAUUUUUCUUCAAUCAACCACUGUGGAAAUAGUAGUAUUCUUCAUUCUCUCGUGGAUUAUUGGUUACUUACCUUCAGCCAUGUAUUUUGUUGCUGGACCUUAUGCUUUGAUCACGGCGUUGUAUCUAAUAUAUCUAAGGGAAAUUCCAUUAUUGCCCUACGCAAGUAUAUUUGGCUUGUCUAUAUCAGUUCACAGCUUCCCUUUCAUUAUGUUUGUUCAGCUUCUGGAGUUUUCUAAGCCGGUGUUAGUAACGUUCACAGCAGGCGUUUUAAGCUUUAUGAUAUAUGGGCAGUAUUUUGAAAACUUUAAUUUCUUGCCAGAUAAUUUGGUGAAUCUGUUUUGUUCCACUGCAAAUCCAGAAAAAAUUUUACCCAUUGCGGCUACACUGGAACAACAGAGAUCAGAAGUUUUUGAUUUAUAUGAGAGGAGGCUAAUUUUCAGACAAAUGCAGCGUACUCAUAGAAACGAACGGGCCAGUCCUCAGGAAAAUCAACUUCGUUUUUUAAGUCGAUUGCUGGGUAGGGCGUCUAAUGGUAAGCGAGCAGAGCCUAACGAAGAUCAAGUUCGCCAACUCAUGGAUAUGGGUUUGGGUACUCGAGAGGAUGUAACGAAUGCUUUACUAGAGUGUUUCAAUGAUGCUUCCGAAGCUGCUAAUUUGUUAUUACAAAAUAGACAAUAA